AUGUCGACGAGCAGUCCCGAGGCGGUGAAGAAACUGCUGGAGAACAUGCAGACCGACCUGCGCUCGCUUUCCAUGGAGUGCAAGAAGAAAUUCCCUCCAGUCAAAGAGGCGGCCGAGUCUGGCAUCGUGAAGAUUAAGACAAUUGCAGCCAGGAAUACCGACAUACUGGCUGCUCUCAAGGAGAAUAGCUCUGAAGUCGUGCAGCCUUUUCUGAUGGGCUGUGGCACCAAAGAGCCCAAAAUUACCCAACUGUGUCUGGCUGCUAUCCAGAGGCUCAUGUCCCAUGAGGUGGUCUCCGAGGCGGCGGCCGGCAACAUCAUCAACAUGCUGUGGCAGCUGAUGGAAAAUAGUUUGGAGGAGUUGAAGCUUCUACAGACUGUGUUGGUCCUGCUCACUACAAACACAGUGGUCCACGAUGAAGUACUUUCAAAGGCCAUUGUGCUUUGUUUCCGCCUCCACUUCACCAAGGACAACAUCACCAACAACACCGCGGCCGCCACCGUCCGGCAAGUGGUUACAGUGGUUUUUGAGAGGAUGGUGGCCGAGGACGAGCGAUUUAAAGGUAUUGUGGAGCAUCCCCCUCCUGUUCAGGGCAAUACCAACAGGCGGUCUGUCACCACCCUGAGGCCAAGUGCUAAAGAUGCUUAUAUGCUCUUCCAGGACCUGUGUCAGCUAGUAAAUGCCGAUGCCCCCUACUGGCUAGUGGGGAUGACAGAGAUGACGCGGACAUUUGGCCUGGAGCUGCUGGAGUCCGUUCUCAACGAUUUUCCUGGUGUAUUUCUGCAGCACCCGGAGUUCAGCUUCUUGUUGAAGGAACGGGUGUGUCCGCUCGUCAUCAAGCUCUUCUCCCCCAACAUCAAGUUCCGCCAGGGGAGCAAUAGUGCUGCCUCUCCAGCCCCUGUGGAAAAGCCCUAUUUCCCCAUUUGCAUGCGACUGCUGCGUGUGGUCUCGGUGCUCAUCAAGCACUUCUACACUCUGCUGGUAACAGAGUGUGAGAUCUUCUUGUCUCUGUUAGUGAAGUUUCUGGAUGGAGAAAAGCCUCAGUGGCUGAGAGCUGUUGCUGUGGAGUCGGUACACAGGUUGUGUGUGCAGCCGCAUUUAUUACGUUCAUUCUGCCAAUCAUAUGACAUGAAGCAGCACUCCACCAAGGUGUUCAGAGACAUCGUCAAUGCCCUUGGCUCCUUUAUCCAGUCCCUCUUCAUCGUACCUUAUGUGGGCAACGCUUCAGCUGUCAGCGCACCAGCUGGGUUAACCGACUUUUAUUUAGGCGGUUCCGGUUCAGGCCCACCGGGAAUGGCUCACGGUGGUCCAGGCCCAGGAGUCGGUGGUGGCACCCUAACUACCCAGGCUGCAUUCGAGUACCGCGGAACCUGGAUCCCCCUCAUGAAUGUCAGUGCUCAGGGCAGCGCCAAGGCCACUUACCUGGAAAUGUUAGAUAAAGUGGAGCCGCCUGCCAUCCCUGAGGGAUAUGCAAUGUCGGUGGCCUUCAGUGCCCUACUUGACCUGGUCCGAGGUAUUACGACCAUGAUUGAAAAGGAGUUGGCUAUGGAAGAGGAGGCGGCCGCUGAAUUCAGGGAGGCUCAACCUGAUCGCGAGUGGCAGCCGCCGACUGGUGAGAAGUUCUGUUCUCAUCUAGUGUGGGAGGAGAUGGUCAGUGGAUGCUGGUGCGGUCUUCUCGCUGCCUUAUCGCUGCUACUUGACGCCAGUACGGAUGAGACUGCCACAGAGAACAUCCUAAAGGCUGAGCUGUCCAUGGCUUCUCUAUGCGGCCGCCUUGGCUUGGUAACGCCACGCGACGCCUUCAUCACAGCUUUCUGCAAAGCUUCUCUGCCACCGCACUAUGCGCUGACCGUUCUCAGCAGCAACGCCGCUAAUCUUUCCAACAAAGCCUACUCAAUCCAGGGCCAGAGUGUGCAGAUCAUCAGCCCCUCCAGUGAGUCUCAUCAGCAGGUGGUGGCCGUCGGGCAGCCUCUCAGUGCCCAACCGCAAGGAACUGUUGUGCUGACGGCCAAGAACAUUCAGUGCAUGCGGACCCUGUUGAACCUGGCCCACUGCCACGGCGCCGUGCUGGGCACCUCCUGGCAGCUGGUACUGGCCACACUACAGCAUUUAGUGUGGAUCCUGGGAUUGAAGCCAAGCGUAGGUGGUGCCCUCAAACCUGGCAGAGCCGUAGAAGGACCCAGUACGGUUCUGACCACAGCUGUGAUGACUGACUUGCCCGUCAUUGCCAACAUCCUGUCCAGGCUUUUUGAGAGUUCCCAGUACUUGGAUGAUGUUUCUCUUCAUCAUUUGAUCAAUGCUCUGUGUUCUCUCUCACUGGAAGCUAUGGAAAUGGCCUACGGGACCAACAAGGAGCCGUCCCUGUUUGCUGUAGCCAAGCUUCUAGAAACUGGGUUAGUGAACAUGGAUCGUAUCGAGAUUCUGUGGAGGCCUCUGACGGGACACUUAUUGGAGGUCUGCCAGCACCCAAACGCCAGGAUGAGAGAGUGGGGGGCUGAGGCUUUGACGGCCCUCAUCAAAGCUGGCCUAGACUACAAGCACGAGCCGCCACUUAGCCAGAAUCAGCGACUGCAGCUUCUUCUGCUAAACCCCCUGAAGGAGUUGUCCAACGUGCUACAUGCAGACAUCCGACAGAAGCAGCUGGAGAGCGUCCUGCAAAUUCUCCAGAGCCAGGGUGACAGUCUGGGCCCUGGCUGGCCCCUCGUCUUGGGUGUCAUAGGAGCUAUCCGCAACGAUCAAGGUGAGUCGUUGAUCCGAACAGCCUUCCAGUGCCUGCAGUUGGUGGUGACAGACUUCCUCCCCACCAUGCCUUGCACGUGCCUCCAGAUCGUAGUGGAUGUAGCCGGAAGUUUCGGCCUACAGAAUCAGGAGCUUAACAUCAGCCUCACCUCUAUCGGCCUGCUGUGGAAUAUUUCCGACUACUUCUUCCAAAGGGGGGAAGCUAUCACAAAAGAGUUGGAAAGGGAAGAAGAGGUCCAACAGAAACAGGCCCGAGAGAAAGGAGAGACUCUAAACAGGCCUUUCCACCCCGCCCCUCCCUUCGACUGCCUUUGGCUGUGCCUGUAUGCCAAGUUAGGCGAACUAUGCGUUGAUCCAAGACCUGCUGUGCGUAAAAGCGCCGGGCAGACGUUGUUUUCCACAAUUGCUGCGCAUGGGACCUUGCUACAUCAGCCAACAUGGCAUAUUGUGGUCUGGAAGGUGUUGUUUCACUUGCUGAACUGCGUCAGAACAUCGUCCACCACAGCGGACAAGGAGAAGAUUGAGUCAGGCGGCGGGAAUAUUCUUAUUCACCACUCGCGUGACACAGCAGAGAAACAGUGGGCUGAGACUUGGGUGCUGACUUUGGCUGGAGUUGCCCGCAUUUUUAAUACCAGGCGCUACCUCCUCCAAAAUUUAGGUGACUUCUUCGAGGCCUGGGAAGUUCUCCUGACUCACAUCCAGUCAGCUGCUCUCAGCAAGAACAACGAAGUCUCCCUCGCUGCUCUCAAAAGCUUUCAAGAAAUCCUACAGAUUGUUACACCCGUGAAAGACUCAGACAAAGCAGCCGACGCAUUCGCCGCUAUGGGGGUCCCGCCCGUCCUCAUCGAUCCCCUCUCAGCGUCCGGUCCGGGCAGACCGCUGGUGCGUUCCGAUUCUCUCGUUGAGCGGCUAACGUGCUACAACGGGGCUGAACUGCAGGCCCCUCCGCCGGGGGAGGAGUCAGCUUUGGAGGACUUAGCUUUGUGGUGGUCCGCAUGGAAUACGUGGUACCGUACUGGAACAGACAGCACCAGGCCCCCUAGUGGGCACAACGAGAAACUCUCCUUCAUCCCCAGCCAACCCUUCCUCACGGCGCUCAUCCAGAUUUUCCCAGCGCUGUACCAGCACAUCAAAGCCAAUUUCAGCAUGGAUGACCUGAAGAAGCUCGGCGUGAUCCUCCACGGUGCCGUAUCAGUGCCCAUUAGCAGCGAUGCCUCCCCGUUCAUCUUGCCUUCUUACACCGAGGCCGUGCUCACCAGCUUGCAGGAAGCUGUGCUCACUGCUUUGGAUGUUUUACAAAAGGCCAUCUGUGUAGGCCCGGAGAACCUGCAGGUCAUGUACCCGGCCAUCUUUGAACAGCUGCUACUCUUUGUGGAGUUCUCCUGCAAACCUCCGCAGUACGGCAGAAUGGAAACCAAACACGUGGCCAAUGCCAAAUACAACCAGAUCCAGCUCUUUGCGCCGGCGGAGUGGGUUGCCUUAAACUACGUGCCCUUUGCUGAGCGCUCCCUAGAAGUGCUGGUGGAGCUGUACCAUAAAACGGCAUGCCACAAGGCAGUCAUCAACGAGAAGGUCCUGCAGAGCAUUAUUAAGACGCUGAGAAUGCCUCUUGGUUUGAAAUAUGCGUGUCCAUCCGAGAGCACCUGGAAAUUGGCCGUUUCCUCCUUGCUGAAGGUUCUGUCAAUUGGACUCCCAGUGGCUCGCCAGCACUCCUCAUCUGGGAAGUUUGAAACCAUGUGGCCCGAGCUGGCCAAUGCCUUCGAAGAUUUUCUUUUUACCAGAAGCUCGCCUCCCGAUAACUUGUCCAUUCAAGAAUUUCAGAAGAAUGAAGCCAUUGAUGUGGAGGUGGUCCAGCUGAUUAGCACGGAGAUUUUACCCUUUGCUAAUUUCAUCCCCAAAGACUUUGUGGGUCAGAUCAUGGCUAUGCUCAACAAAGGCUCCAUCCACUCACAGUCGCCUUCAUUCACAGAAGCAGAGAUCGACAUGCGCAUGAGAGAGGAGUUUUCCAAGGUGUGCUUCGAGACGCUGCUCCAGUUUUCCUUCAGCAACAAGGCGUCAACGCCGCAGGAAGGCUUCAUCUCGCGCAUGGCUCUCUCCGUGCUGCUUAAGCGCUCCCAGGACGUCCUGCAGCGCUACGUCGAGGACGAGCGAUUGAGCGGACGCUGCCCCUUGCCCAGGCAGCAAGUGACGGAGAUCAUUUUUGUCUUAAAGGCCAUCAGUACGUUGAUGGACUCACUGAAGAAGACCCAGCCUGAAAACGUGGACGACAACACGUGGGCUCAGGUGAUCGCUUUGUACCCCACUCUGGUGGAGUGCAUCACUUGCUCGUCCUCUGAGGUGAGCUCAGCUCUGAAGGAGGCCCUGGGGCCCUUUAAGGACUUCAUGCAGCCCCCCGCUCCCAGAGUCCAAAAUGGAGACUCAUGA